AAUUACCUCAGGAAAAUAACUAAUACUCAACAAACACAAAUAAUUUCAAGCAUUAUCAAAUAAUCCUUUUCAUCUUUCAUAUACAAGCUCUCGGUCUCUCUCCUCGAACCUUGGAGAAAAACAAUGGCUCCAGAAAUAGUAAAGAGCGGAGUUGACUCAUCAGUGGGUUACACCACGAAAGCAGUGAGUCAACCCAGAAGAGCCUACGUAACAUUUUUAGCAGGAAACGGUGAUUAUGUGAAAGGAGUAGUUGGAUUAAUCAAAGGAUUAAGAAAAGUAAAGAGUGUUUACCCUUUGAUCGUGGCGGUGCUCCCUGAUGUUCCUGAGGAUCACCGAAGGAUAUUAGUCUCUCAGGGUUGUAUUGUUCGCGAGAUCGAACCCAUUUACCCGCCUGAAAAUAAUACCCAAUUUGCUCAUGCUUAUUACGUCGUCAACUAUUCUAAGCUCCGAAUUUGGGAGUUUGUGGAGUACGAGAAGCUGAUAUACUUGGAUGGAGAUAUCCAAGUGUAUGAAAACAUAGACCAUCUAUUUGAUCUGCCAAAUGGGUACUUCUAUGCUGUUAUGGAUUGCUUUUGCGAGGCAUCUUGGAGUAAGACCCCUCAAUACAAGAUCGGAUACUGCCAGCAGUGCCCUGAGAAGGUCCACUGGCCCACUGCCGAGCUCGGCCCACCUCCUUCCCUCUACUUCAACGCUGGCUUCUUUGUGUAUGAGCCUAGUAUUCCUACUUACCAUGAUCUUCUUAAGACCCUCAAAGAAGUACCCCCUACCUCCUUUGCUGAGCAGGACUUCUUGAACAUGUACUUUAAUGACAAAUUCAAGCCACUACCAAUUGACUACAACUUAGUGUUAGCCUUCCUAUGGCGACACCCGGAGAGUGUGGACUUGAACAAGGUGAAGGUGGUGCACUAUUGCGCGGCGGGUUCAAAACCAUGGAGGUAUACAGGGGAGGAAGAGAACAUGGACAGGGAAGACAUAAAGAUGUUGGUGAAGAAAUGGUGGGAUAUCUAUCAAGACCCAUCUUUGGAUUACAACCCUGCUGCUGAAUCAACUGCUAUUGAUAUGAAACCUUUUAAAGAAGCUUUGUCUAAAGCUGGUUUUCUUAAUUAUGUCACUGCUCCUUCUGCGGCUUAAAUUAGAGUACUUAUUUAAUUAAGGGAUUUUCUGUUUUUAUUAGGGUUUUUUUUUUCUUCUUUAUUUUCCUUGACCUAAUCGACCAAUGAGAGAGAGCUUACUGGUCAAUUGGUUUUUUUUUUUUUUUUUUUAAUUGUGGGCCUGGGGGAGGGGGUUUAAUAGUUUUGAGUGUUUAUUUGUUGUUGAUAGGUUUUGGAAGUAUAGUGAGUUUUAUAAAUGUAUGUGCAGUUUUUGGUUUGUUUCUAAUCUUUUUGUAAGAGAAAUUAAUGUUAAUCGAAAUAAAGUUCAGAAUUGUUUAUAAAUAAUGGAAUAUCUAUAAUUACAAUA